AUAUGGAAGGGCCUGGUCCCUGAGAUGCCUAGAGGGGCCUGGAGGGGUCAGGCAGGGCCACCGGAGUAGUCUGGGGGUGAAGCCUGGCAGCUGGAGGUCUCUAGGGGCAGAGUCUGCAAGGGGAGUUCUGUGCUCAGCAGGGAAAGCCACCCAUACUGACUAGUCAACACCAAGUCUUGGUCAAGUGUAGGAAGGGUGUUUUUCCCUUGAUCUUUUUACCUUACACAUCUCAAUCACUAAUGGUGUCAACUCAGAAUCAAUACGCGGAUUCAUCGCAUUAUACACACACAGGUCAAGGGUUAAAAAAAAAAAUGUUCCUACCGAAAACUGUCAUCCACCCACCUCCUACCAUUAGGUUAACUGCGUACUCCUUGAGGAUAUAGGUUGGGAGCAGUCCAAGAGGCUUUCAAUCAAAUGACUGAGUACAAAACUUCCUUUGGACUCAAAAGCGGCUGCACCAUCCCAAAGUCUCCCCCCACACACACACUGGUGAAAGCUCACAAAAGCACAGCCCCUGCAGCGCUCUGCAGAACUUGCAGGAAACCCAACAAGUCAGAGAAUGAUCUCUGCAACUCGGCUGGUCAGUGCCUCCUCCCCCGGAGUUGUUCACUGUUUCUAUAACCUUGGGGAGAGGCCUGGCGGAACCUUGAGAGUAUCAACUUUCCCAGACACGGAGGGUUUGUUUACCUGAUGAGCCCCGUCCCCAGCAACCCCCCACCUCUGCCUUUGGAGAGAAUGUUUCCAUUGGCAGGAAACCACUAUACACAGUAUAUGCCUCCAUCUCAGCGGUAGGUUUCUGGUUAUGUGUUAAAAGCCCGUGAUAAAAUAUGAGCCAUUGAACUCCAUCUGCCCAAUGGAAGUUGUAGGUCUGUCCACUAUAUUUCCUGCAAAUUUUGGAGCUGGUAGAGACUAUUCUGGCUGGGUAUCUCUAAAUGCUGUGGAAACUUUGCCUAUGGUUUGCUGGGUGGCCUUGGCUGGAUCACUACAUCUACCCAAGUUUUGAUUCAUGAAGUUUUGAUUCUGCGGCAAAACACAGUAUUGUGUAGUUGACGGCCCCCUUGACUCUGAGUGACUGCGUCAUUUACAGCUGGUCCCCAACUUAACAGUUUCUCAGCUUUACCAUUGGGCAAGAGUAAAUAGCGUUCAGUAGAAAUCAUGCCUGGAGUUUUGGAUUUCCACUUCUGUACGAGUGAUGUGUGGUGAGCAUCUCUUGGGAUGCUGGGGAAGGUGAGGAGCCAUUCCUCACUGGUGAGCUGGGCAGGAAAGAUUACCACUACACCACAGUGCACUGUGCUUAGCCGGUUAAGUGUUCUGCCCUUAUGUCUUAAUUCGGCUUACACCAUUUACAGGGACACAACCCCAUCUUAAAUGGGAGAAUCAUCUGUAUUUGAAGACACUUCUGGAAUGAAAUGGGAGGCUCUUGAGUAACACACUUCACAGCUGUAUCCUUUCUCUGGAGAGCACAUAACCAAAUACUGGAUGAGACAAGUCGCAGAGGGUUCAUAUAAAUCCAGCCGAUAGCCCCUGAAUUGGGGGGCAGAAGGAUCAAAGAGUAAGGUCUUUCUUGGCUACAUGGCAAGUACAAGACCAGCCUGAGCUACUUGAGAUGAUGUCAAAAGAAAGGAAAGAAGAGGAAGUCAGGUGUGGAGGCAAACAUUAAUCAGAGCGCUCAGGAGGCAGAGGAAGGCAGAUCUCCGUGAGUUUGAAGCCAACUUGAUCUACCUAUCAAUUUCCAAGCCAGCCAGGGCUACACAGUCCUUGUCUCAAAUAGAAGAUGGAAAGAGUGAGGAAGGGAUGGAGGGAACGAGGAACGAAGGAAGGAGAAAAAUGAAGGAAAUAAAUAUCACAUUAAAAUGACUUGUUUUUGACAGGGUCUCUGUAUAUGGUGAUACAGCCCAGACUGGCCUUGAAUUCACAGAGGUCCACUUGCCUCUACCUCCCAAGUGCUAGGAGUAAAAGCAUGUGCCACCAUACCUAGCCACAUGUACCAUUUUUAGUAGAAAUUACAGAGAACGUGACUAUCAUGUACCAAUGAGUAAUUCAAUUACAUUUCUCUGAGCAUGGCUGACUGGGGGCCGGGAGUGAUGGUCAAGUUCUCCUCCAAGGUGCUGGAACUGUCUUGAAUGACGGCCUGAAGAUUUUUUUUUUAAAUAAGAAAGAUGGACACUCCCUCUAGGAAUAUGCGAAGAUGCCAGUAGGAGACAUCUCAGAUGGCCAUCUGAAGUCCUUUAAAUACCCAUCUCUGGAAAGAGGACUGCAUGCUGCUUAGAUUUCUGGCCUGGCAAGGAUUUUCAAAACAAGAGAUGGGAAGGUCAUACCCCAAAAGCAUAAAGGGUCUAGGUGGGAGAAUUAAAGCUGUCCUGCCUCUCUGACUGUGGGGCCCCGGGCCAGAGGAGAUGAAAAUGGAAACUUACUUACAGCAUAAUGAAACAUGCGUAGUUUGGGGGAGAGCAAAGAUGUGUGGUUCUUAGCAAACACUCAAGCUUAAAAUGCACAUUCUCAGUGGAAAGCACUGUCGUCUAGAAAUGCCAGCUGCCGGCUCAAUGAAAUGGCAUUGAGCUAGGGUGGCAGGGUGGUUAACCUCUCCCCACCCAGGCCAUCACAGGCAUCGGUCACCCCAAAGUCUCCCCACUGAGCACAUAAAUGUGAGAAUCGUAAAGGUCUCGGAUUUGGGAAAGUUCAUUUGGUCAAUGCUCAAGAUUUCGCUUCAUUUAUUAUUAUUAUUAUUAUUAUUAUUAUUAUUAUUAUUAUUAUUAGCUGAUAUCAAAAGGUUGCCUGCCUCUCAGACGCCUCUGAUUCAGCCAGGUGAAAUCUGAGGAAAACAGGGAUGGUCCAUUCAAGUUAAUGCAUAUGGUGACUGGCCUUGGAGCCAUGUGCCCUUGACAAGCUUCACAGUAUAAAAGCAAGCCAUGGUUUCCACCAGGGAUCAAGUAACUACACAUGCCCAAUGUCACCUGAUACUGUCCACCGCUCCGCCAUCACAAUGGAAACUAAUAACAACUGCCCCUUCAGACGCUAUCUUUGUGCUAACCUCAGUCCCCGUUGGGAGAGGGCAAAUUAAAGCAACCCAAUUUAAAAAAAAAAAAAAAAAAAAAAAGAUGCUGGGGCACACGGUCUUCAUCCACCAAGGAGCAAACACAUUUGUGCCUCCAAACACUAUACAGCCGAUUCUCGCUCGGUCUUCGCUUAUAAACAGCGGACAGGCAGGAGUAUAAAUUCUCGGUUCCUGUGGCCGCCGUGUGCGACACAGUCAUGUGUUUGGUAAUAUUUUCAGGUCAAGGCUGCCUCCAAAGUGGGCUUUUUUUGCGUUCACCUUCUCACCCCAUAACCGGCAGAUGAACGCCCACACCUCUUUCUCCCAGCCAAGGUGAGUCGAGCUAACCGGAGCCUGUGGCUGGUGACCACAAGGCCUCCGUGCAGGGCUCUAGGGAAGCGGGGUCCUCGCAGCCAACAGCUCCGCGAGGCGCAGGCCCGGUGGUUCCAUCGUGACCACUGCAGAAGGACAAUAGCUCAUCAAGCCCCACGAAAGCCCCUGGACCCGUCGCGGAGCCUGGGCUGGCGGGGGAUGAAGCUGAGCGACUCCUCCUAGAGGUGGUUAUGUGGAGAAGGAGCAAUCCCUUCUCCCUCCUCCUCCUCCCCCCGCUACUAUCCGCGGCCCGGAGAACUGCCGCUUGCCGCCAUUGACACGCACAGAUACAACCCCAAGAAAGACAGGGUCCUGCCCGACACCGGCGGCACGCGGGCCGAACCUGCGGCCGGGGAUUGGCGCGCACUAGGCCACCGGGCGCCCGGAGCCCGCGGCGCAGCACCAGGUGAGCCCGCCAUGCCCGUGGCAUCAUUGUUUCGGGGGGCGCCGGGGGUCUGGAAACAAAACCCUCUGCCCGGGCAGUGCAGGGGCCGAAGGGAGCCACGGCGCCUCCCCCUGCAGCCCUGCGGGCGCACCCCGGUCACCGACCCACCUCUGCCACAGAAAUUAAUAAAUCGAUUUGCUCAACUUGCUUCCUCGGGAGAUAAAAAAGGGGGGUUUGCUGAAGACGCCGCGCGAUGCCCGCAGCCGGCGAGGGGCUGGGGCGCCCUGGGCCAGGCAGGGAGGAUGCAGAGAUGCGGGGUCCAGCGGCCCGGCUGGCGGUGCCGGGAGCUCAGGGCUUCGAGGAUGCGGAGCUCAGGGCGCAGGGGAGGGAGGAGGGAGGCGCCCGGGCGCCCAGAGGACCGGGCGGGGGACGCAGGCUCGCCAGGGCCGAGGGCGCGCGACCAGGGCCUCCGGGGUGCCGGGCUGGGCGCGGGCUGACAAUGGAGGAGGACGCGGAGGCGCCGGGGCGGCGCGGAUGAGGAGUCGGGAUGCUGCGGGUGCCGCGGCGGAGGAGGACGCGGGGCCGAGCACUCCCCCUCGGGUUCCCUUUCCGGGGCGCUCGGUGCUUCCACCGGCAAAUGGCGGCCCCUGUGCGGCUCGCCCUGCCGGUCCCAGCUGCUUAAUUUGCGCGGGAAAAUAACAAUAAUAUUAAUAAUAUCAAGAAGAGGGAAAUCAAAGUCAAGUCAGGAAAAGGCUGCACCCGCUGCUGCCGCGGCUUGGAGUCUGCCCUGCCUCCCCGGCUGCCAGAGCGCCAUCCAGGUGCACCACAUGCCAGCCCCGCCAGCCUCCUGAUCGCUCCCCAGAGUGUCUUUCUGCGCCUUUCCUCAUGGGGGCGCCCUCAGCUCCUGCCCUCUUUGUUCCUCUCAACAAUAGCCAAAGGGGCAUCGAACCCCCCAAACGCUAAUUGAGCCGCCGCCUCCAGGAGCUGUGCGUUGCUCAUUGUGCCUGGGAGUGAAGUGGGCCACCGGUGGGCCUGAUUUAUGCCUGGCCAUUGCUGCAGCCUUCAGGCCGUAGUUCUCUGGGUAUUGUCUAAGUGCCAGGAGGAGGCCACCGUGUCAGCAAGCUGAGAGGGAAACUGAGGCAAGAUGUCAGGCCGGAGCGGGAAGAAGAAAAUGUCCAAGCUGUCCCGGUCAGCCAGGGCCGGCGUCAUCUUUCCAGUAGGUCGGUUGAUGCGUUACCUGAAAAAAGGGACAUUCAAGUACCGGAUCAGUGUCGGCGCACCCGUCUACAUGGCUGCGGUCAUUGAAUACCUGGCAGCGGAAAUCCUCGAGUUGGCUGGGAAUGCCGCAAGGGACAAUAAGAAGGCCCGGAUAGCCCCCAGACACAUCCUGCUGGCCGUUGCCAAUGAUGAGGAGCUCAACCAGCUGCUGAAAGGAGUGACCAUCGCCAGUGGGGGUGUCCUGCCGAGAAUUCACCCCGAACUGCUGGCCAAAAAGCGAGGGACCAAAGGGAAGUCAGAAACGAUCCUCUCCCCACCCCCAGAGAAAAGAGGAAGGAAGGCCGCCUCAGGCAAGAAGGGGGGUAAGAAAUCCAAGGCCACCAAGCCACGGACGUCCAAGAAGUCCAAACCAAAGGACGGCGAUAAAGAAGGAACAUCAAAUUCCACCUCGGAAGAUGGGCCGGGGGACGGUUUCACCAUCCUGUCUUCCAAGAGCCUCGUUCUGGGGCAGAAGCUAUCCCUGACCCAAAGUGACAUCAGCCAUAUUGGCUCCAUGAGGGUGGAGGGCAUCGUCCACCCAACCACAGCCGAAAUCGACCUCAAGGAAGAGAUAGGAAAAGCCUUGGAAAAGGCUGGGGGUAAAGAGUUCUUGGAAACAGUAAAGGAGCUUCGCAAAUCCCAAGGCCCUUUGGAAGUUGCUGAAGCUGCCGUCAGCCAAUCCAGUGGACUCGCAGCCAAAUUUGUCAUCCACUGUCACAUCCCCCAGUGGGGCUCCGACAAAUGUGAAGAACAGCUGGAAGAGACCAUCAAGAACUGCCUGUCGGCAGCGGAGGACAAGAAGCUGAAGUCCGUCGCCUUCCCGCCUUUCCCUAGCGGCAGAAACUGCUUUCCCAAACAGACCGCCGCCCAGGUGACCCUCAAGGCCAUCUCUGCCCACUUCGAUGACUCAAGCGCGUCCUCGCUGAAGAACGUGUAUUUCCUGCUCUUCGACAGCGAGAGCAUCGGCAUCUACGUACAGGAGAUGGCCAAGCUGGACACCAAGUAGCUCUCCAGCGGGGAUGGAGGAGGACCAGUGUCACGUCACAAGAGCAGGGGUUUUAUUUUUUAAAAGGAUUGAGAAAGGGUGACAUGGCAUGGGAGCAGAGGGCGGCUGAGAAGGUAGCAAAGGCCGUGGGAACAGGUCCUGCCUGCCUGGGGAAGGGGCCCAGCGCAUUUUAUAUUCUCUUUACAAAGGGCCUCUCCCGAAAUUAACCAGGUCUCCGCCAGGGGUUUCUUUCCAUGUGUUUUCUUCCUGUUGUUUUAGAACUUUUUUUAAAAAAACAAACAAACAUAAAAAUAGACCUUGUUUAGAUUUAUAGCACUGACUUUUACUCUCUCUCUCUCUCUCUCUCUCUCUCUCUCUCACACACACACACACACACACACACACACACACACAAGUCUUUUCAAAAGGUCUUAAGACUUUGGUUCCUCCUCUUUCCAAGUGAAGAGGGUGUGACGGCCACUUGGGUGUAUUGGUUGUCUCCCUCAGUGAAGAGAAGAUGGGAAAGACGUUCUAGGGUGCUUUUCUCUUCUGUUAUAGGGUCCCCUCCCUGACCCCUAAAAUAUUUGUAACUACACCUAAAAGGAUUUUUGCCUCGGGAUCUUUCUUUGUUCAGUUUUGUUUUUUAAAGAAAAAGAAAAAUGAAAGGAAAAAAAAAGA